AUGUCUAUCUUUUAUCGCAAAAAGAAGCAGACGACAACCAAUGCCUCCACUUCAUUAUCUUUCGAGAACCAAUUCUUGAGGAUUUCUUAUGAAGAACUCCUGAGAGUGACUAAUAGAUUCUCUGAGACCAAUUUGAUUGGUAAAGGGAGAUAUGGCACGGUUUAUAAGGGGAUUCUUGAUGGAGGUGCCACGGUGGCAAUGAAGGUGCUCAAUCUAAUGCAAAGAGGCGCUUCAAAGAGCUUUAUCACUGAAUGUCGAACUCUAGGAACCAUUAGACACCGAAACCUCGUGAAGAUACUAAGUGUCUGUUCGAGAGUGGACUUUUGUGGCAAUGACUUCAAAGCUCUAAUAUAUGAGUUCAUGGCUAAUGAGAGCUUGGAGGAGUGGCUGCACCCUGGAACCAUAGGACGAGAUGGUGAGUGUAGCGAAUCGAGAAAUCUGAGACUAGUGCAAAGAUUAAACAUCGCCAUUGACAUAGCUACCGCGAUCGAGUAUCUCCAUGAGGGUUGCUAUCCAGCCAUCGUCCAUGGAGAUCUGAAGCCGAGUAAUGUGCUUCUGGGCAACGACAUGAUGGCUCGAGUUGGAGAUUUCGGGCUUGCAAAGAUCAUUUCAACGGUGUCUACCGAAGCCAUAGGAGUUCAAGACCAAGGUAGUUCAACUUCAACCGUAGUCAGAGGAUCCAUCGGCUAUGUGCCUCCUGAGUAUGGCAUGGGACACAAGGUUUCCACACUUGGGGAUGCAUAUAGUUACGGCAUUCUAUUAUUGGAGAUGUUCACAGGAAAGAGACCCAUUGAAGAUGCGUUUGGGCACCAUCUUAACCUCCACAACUUUGUCCGAAUGGCUCUUCCGGAUCGAGCAAUGGACAUUAUAGACUUGAGGCUUUGGAGUGAAGCUGGUGAUCGACAACAAGAGAUGAAAAUUAGAGAUUGCAUUAUCUCUGUAUUCGAAGUUGGAGUCGCAUGUUCGAUGGAAUCACCGCCGGAUCGGAUGGACAUGACUGAGGCAAUAAGGAAAUUACACUUGAUCAAGGCUAGAUGUAGGAGGCAUCCCCAAACCUUGAGAUGGCAUUUUGAUCUCAUCAUCGUCGACAACUUGAUUGUAGAUGACGAGAGGAGCUCGACGCGAGGUCUUGAGACCCACCAAAGGCAUAAACUUGACAUUCUGGCAAGCUUGGCUACCCUCAAAUGA